UGGGGGCGAAUGAUAUGGCGGUGGCAGUCCGAGUCGAGGCCACGGCAAGAUGCCUGGAUGAAUCUUCGGACAGUGAACCAGAGCAGGAACAUGGAUCUCCGCAGAAAUUAAUACGCAAAGUUUCCACAUCGGGUCAGAUACGAAGCAAGACGAUCCUGAAGGAGGGCAAAUUGGUAAAACAAACCAACUCGUUCCAGCGCUGGAAGAGACGCUACUUCAAACUGCGUGGGAGGACUCUGUACUAUGCCAAGACUGCCAAGUCCAUCAUCUUUGAUGAGGUUGACCUGACAGAUGCGAGCGUGGCCGAAUCCAGCACUAAGAACGUCAACAAUAGUUUCACUAUCAUCACUCCUUGUCGCCGGCUGAUUCUGUGUGCAGAGAGCAGGAAAGAGAUGGAGGACUGGAUGGCAGCCCUGAAGAGCGUUCAGAACAGAGAACACUUUGAGUCCACCCAGUAUAGCAUGGAUCACUUCUCUGGGAUGCAUAACUGGUACGCCUGCUCCCACGCCCGCCCCACCUACUGCAACGUGUGCCGCGAGGCCCUGUCCGGAGUCACCUCGCACGGACUGUCCUGUGAAGUGUGUAAGUUCAAGGCCCACAAACGUUGUGCUGUCCGAGCGACCAACAACUGCAAGUGGACUACUCUGGCAUCCAUUGGGAAGGACAUCAUCGAAGAUGAGGAUGGGAUCUCUAUGCCUCACCAGUGGCUGGAGGGCAACCUGCCAGUUAGUGCUAAGUGUACAGUGUGUGACAAGACGUGUGGCAGUGUCCUCCGACUGCAGGAUUGGCGCUGCCUCUGGUGCAAGGCCAUGGUGCACACGCUGUGUAAGGAGCAGCUGUCCACUAAGUGUCCCUUGGGGCAGUGUAAGGUUUCGGUCAUCCCCCCCACAGCCCUCAACAGCAUCGACUCCGACGGGUUCUGGAAGGCCACCUGCCCGCCUUCCUGCACCAGCCCUCUCCUGGUGUUCGUCAACAGUAAGAGUGGAGACAACCAGGGCAUCAAGUUCCUGCGCCGCUUUAAACAGCUGCUCAACCCUGCCCAAGUCUUUGACCUCAUGAACGGUGGGCCGCACCUUGGUUUACGGCUCUUCCAGAAGUUCGACACGUUCCGGAUCCUGGUUUGUGGGGGUGACGGCAGCGUGGGCUGGGUCCUCUCUGAGAUCGACACUCUGACGCUCCACAAACAAUGCCAGCUGGGUGUUCUGCCACUGGGGACAGGAAAUGACCUCGCCCGCGUCCUGGGCUGGGGCUCGGCCUGUGACGAUGACGCACAGCUGCCUCAAAUACUGGAGAAGCUUGAGAGGGCCAGCACCAAGAUGCUUGACAGGUGGAGUAUUAUGGUGUAUGAGACAAAGUUCCCACGGCAACAUUCCAGCUCUACGGUGACAGAGGAUUGCAGCGAUGACUCUGAGGUGCAACAGAUUCUGACCUACGAAGACUCUGUUGCAGCCCACCUGUCCAAGAUCUUGACUUCAGAUCAGCACUCAGUGGUCAUCUCCUCAGCUAAGGUACUGUGUGAAACAGUGAAGGACUUUGUGGCUCGAGUGGGGAAGGCCUACGAGAAGAACAAGGAGAGCUCCGAGGAGUCAGAGGCUAUGGCCAAGAAGUGUGGGGUUCUGAGGGAAAAGCUGGACUCGCUGCUGAAGACGCUCAACGAGGAGGCGCAGGCAUCUACUAUGAUGCCUGCCCCCCCCCCCACCAUCGCUGAGGAGCAGGAGGAGGGCGAGGGAGUUCUGGUGCCAUCGUCGCCCGCACCCGCCACCAUCUCGUGCUCCCCCAGGCCCCUGACGGCCAUCUUUAAACCCAGGGAACAGCUGAUGCUGAGAGCCAACAGCCUGAAGAAAGCCAUCAGGCAGAUAAUCGAGCACACUGAGAAAGCGGUGGACGAGCAGAAUGCCCAGACUCAGGAGGUGUUUACUCUGGGGGUGGAGGAGGAGGAGGAGGAAGAGCAGGACAAGCUGUCUCUGCAGUCGUCCUACAGCGGGAACGCCUGUAACAGCACCAGGGGCCAUCCAGUCCGCAGAGUGUCCAAGACUCCUUGUGAGAAGCUCAUCAGCAAAGGAAGCCUGUCAGUGAGCAGUUCUGCGUUACUUCCCGCCCAGACAGGAAGUCGCGAGAACAUGCCGAUGCUCAACACCAAGAUCCUCUACCCAAGUCUCAAGGCUGGUAUCUCUGGCUCCCUCUCCAGCAGUUCAGUCAUCAGCAGACUGCUGGUCAAUGCUGACUCCUUCAGCUGCGACCCAGAGACCUUUGACUGCUACACUGAGAAAUGUGUGAUGAACAACUACUUUGGGAUCGGCCUGGAUGCUAAGAUCUCACUGGACUUCAACAAUAAGAGGGAUGAGCAUCCAGAGAAGUGCAGGAGUCGCACCAAAAACAUGAUGUGGUACGGGGUUCUGGGCACCAAGGAGCUGCUGCAUCGCACCUACAAGAACCUAGAGCAGAAGGUAUUGUUGGAGUGCGACGGGAGGCCUAUCCCCCUCCCCAGCCUGCAGGGCAUAGCUGUCCUGAACAUCCCAAGCUAUGCAGGCGGCACCAACUUCUGGGGCGGGACCAAAGAGGAUGAUACGUUCACGGCGCCGUCCUUUGACGAUAAGAUCCUGGAAGUGGUGGCGGUGUUUGGCAGCAUUCAAAUGGCUGUGUCCAGAGUCAUCAACCUGCAGCACCACCGUAUCGCACAGUGUCGUACAGUGAAGAUCACCAUCCUUGGGGAUGAGGGCGUGCCGGUGCAGGUGGACGGAGAGGCCUGGGUCCAGCCCCCGGGGUACAUCAAGAUUAUCCACAAGAACCGAACGCAGACUCUCACCAGAGACCGAGCCUUCGAGAGCACGCUGAAGUCGUGGGAAGACAAGCAGAGGUGCGAGUUCCCCCGGCCGCUGCCCCAGUAUGCAUUGCAGCCGGAGAUCGUAUCCGAGGAAGAAGCCUCCCAGAUCAACCUGUUUGGACAGGCGGCCGGCGCCCUCAUCCACAGUAUCCGAGAAAUCGCUCAGUCCCACCACAGUAUGGAGCAGGAGCUGGCCCAUGCCGUCAACGCAAGCUCAAAGGCCAUGGACGUGGUCUACGCCAAUUCCAAGAGCACAGGGGGUCUGAACUGCAGUGUUGUGGUUCAGAUGGUCAGUAAUGUCAAGGCCCUUCACAGUGAGACAGAGCUGCUACUGGCAGGCAAGAUGUGCCUGCAGUUGGAUCCUCCUCAGAAGGAGCAGUUAACUGGAGCCCUGGGAACUGUGGCCCAGCAGCUACGCAGACUCCCAGACAUACCCUGGCUGUGUCAGCUCAUCGAACCUGGGGAUGAUGAGGGACACCUGACGGAUUUCUCCAAGCGCAGCCGCAGUGCCAAGUUCCGUCUCGUCCCCAAGUUCAAGAAGGACAAAAACAACAAGAACAAGGAGGCCUGUGCCACUCUCACACUGCCAGUGCACCAGUGGGGCACAGAGGAGGUAGCCGCCUGGCUGGAGCUCAUCUGUCUCACCGAGUACAAGGAGAUCUUUAUUGGGCACGACGUGCGCGGCGCCGAGCUGCUGCACCUGGAGAGGAGGGAUCUCAAGGACUUGGGGGUGACGAAGGUUGGUCACAUGAAGCGUAUUCUCCAGGGUAUCAGAGAGUUGAGUCGCAGCAGCACUGCCAGCGAAGCCUAGGCUCUCUCCUGUACAACUGUGUGUGCUGCACCAGACCCUCUACCUAAACUGACUGUACCCAGCCAUGCUGUACACACACCUACCGAGCCUUGAACAGCUUGAACCCAACGGGACCUCUAUACACUCAAAUAUGGAUAUGAGUUUAGUCAACCAAUAAAAUGUACCACAGUGCCUUUCUUCACACCCCAUCUCUGCAGCGUCCAUGUCUGGGAUCAACCAACUGAACUGCAAACGGAGGAGGCCAAACCACUAUCGCCACUGGGGAGGGGUGUUCAAUGAUGUCAGUUAAGAGUGGAAGGUCAGGAGAGAUUGCAGAGAAUCCAAUCGGGCUGACUACCAGGAACAAAGUCUGCUGACAGAAAAACUCAACUACCCAGAAUGCCUUAUCAUCAAACCAGCGCCAGACUCCACCAACUAACGUUUGACCAAUUGACCUUUUUAAACAGUUGAUACAUUUCAGAAGCUUGUUUGCCAAGUCAAGGAAGAUUCAGAAACUAGCAAGGCUGCAUCUCAAAUGACCCUAUUCCUCAUAUAGGACACUAUUUUUUACCAGAGCUUUAUAGGUCAAGAGGUAAUGCACUGCAUGAUACUAGGAGGUGUCUUUUGAACAUAUAGAGUGGGCACCAUAGGUUAUAUUUCCAUAGUUUCCACUGACUGGAUCAUGGAAAAGACUUAUGGAAGAGGCUGAGUUUUUGUAUUGAAAUAUGUAUCUAUUUAUUUCAUAUGCGUUGUACUGGAUAUGUUGAGUUUGAAUGUGUUUGAACCAGGAAGUUUCUGAAAAUGACGUGGGAUGCCAGGUAAUAUGUUCCCAAAAGAAAAACAGAUAGACUGGAAGAGGUCUGAACUACAAGGAUAAGCAGCGACAAUCAACCAAUCACUCCAACAACCUUCAGCCUUUUCCCAGGUGCAUGUGUAAUUUCUCUUUCUCCUCCAUCUCUCAUCGUCCCUGUCCUUUUUAUAUGAAUAACAAUUACAAUUCUAACUACCUAGGUUGAAUGCGGGGCUGGUAAAUUAGACGAAAGCGACGACCCUGCUUUGUCACCAAAUGUCAUUUUAGAGCGUGAUGGGCCCCCGAUGUUCGUGUUUAUUAUUGCACAUCAGAGAUUCAGGUAGUCUCCCCAUUUCAAAAGGUUUCCCUCCUACUGAACACAACACUUAUGUAUUGUAGGGAGAAGCCAAACUUGACCAUGCCUUAAAUAAUCUACAAACUGUCAUAUCAGGCAGAUAUCAGGCAGAUCUCUUGGUGUGUGGAGCAUGUCAAUAAGAUAAUUUUUCGAACACUGCCUUAAGAUUAUUCACCCCGGUUAAAGUAGUUUCCUGGACCCAGGUUAAGCCUAUUUCUGGAUUAAACAUGCACACUCAAUGGAGAAUCUACCUCGAAAGUGCUUUUUAGUCCAAGAGUUGGCUCAAUCUGGGUCCAAGAAACUGUCCGGUAAUGUUUAAGGCCUCUGGUUUUUCCUGACCACGUUAUAUCCUGAAACUCAAAUCAACCACUAGUCCCUACCCCUGUGGGCAUUUGUGUAGAUAUGACAGGAUUGGAUCGGUCAAUAAGCAAUAUGGUGGCAGCUCAGUUUUGCCCCCCGACAGGCCAGGUGGAAUUGUCGCCAAUUGCUUAUACCUAUCCUCUUAGGUCUGCACAAACGAAUAGGAGGUAGGGAUUAAGGGUUUAUUUGGGAUUCGGUAAUAUCUAGGGUAUAAUAAGUAUGGCCCAGUGUUCUUCCUGGUCAAGUCCCUGGGUCAGAAGACACUCUUUGGCCUAGUCAUGUUCUCUCCCACUCAGUCCCGUGUGGAUGUCCAGGUUCUGUUUUAUGUCUGGCUGUGCAGUGAUGCAAUUGUUUUCAUUAUGGUCUGUAUGGUCAUAUAAUUUCCCUCCUCGCAACCUUUGGGGUUGUCCCUUUCUUCUUUGCUUGUCGAGAACCCCUGGGAAGCGGUCUCUUCCGUUCCAGUAUUUAUUGAUAAUUUAUACAUUAGAAAUAAUACUGUAUGCUAUACCUCUUUUUUCCAUGUACAUAAGCCCGACCCACUUGGUUGUAAAUAUGUCUUGUAUAUUGAAAUACCGCCAUCCUGUAAUAAAAAUUAUAUAUGUGUGA